GCCGUGAGUUCACUGUAUUGUAAAGGGAACAGUGAAAUCUAGGAGGAGGGGGGGUCGAUUUGCCAAAAUUUCUCCCGACUGGGCGCACAUCCGGAGUCUCUCGACGAUCCUAAUUUAUCGCACCUUACACCUUUUAAAGAAACUGAGUUUUAUUUGUUUUUAUUAAUUUAUUCUAUUCCUCUUAGUUUAUGGUUUACGUUAACACUCCGGGAGGGCAGAAAUGGCGGCCAACAUGUACCGGGUCGGAGAUUAUGUAUUUUUUGAGAACUCCUCCAGUAACCCUUACCUGAUCCGCCGGAUAGAAGAACUCAACAAGACGGCCAGUGGGAAUGUGGAGGCCAAGGUGGUUUGUUUCUACAGAAGGAGAGACAUCUCCCACAGCCUCAUCCAGCUCGCAGACAAACAUGCAAAGGAGUUGGAAGAAGAGAAGGAGAGUCCGACAGAGACAGAUUUAACAGAAAAACAGAAACACCAGCUUCGCCACAGAGAGCUCUUCCUGUCCCGGCAGUAUGAGAGUCUACCUGCGACACACAUCAGGGGGAAGUGCAGUGUCGCAUUAUUGAACGAGACUGAAGCCGUUCUUUCAUACCUUGACAAAGAGGAUACGUUCUUCUACUCGUUGGUGUAUGACCCAACACAGAAGACCCUUCUGGCCGACAAAGGAGAGAUCAGAGUGGGACCGCGCUUUCAGGCAGACGUACCUGAAAUGCUACAAGAGGGUGAGGCAGAUGACAGGGACCAGUCCAAGCUAGAAGAGAAAUUGUGGGAUCCAGAGUGUCCACUCACCAACAAACAGAUAGACCAAUUCCUAGUGGUGGCACGGGCGGUUGGGACCUUUGCUCGAGCGUUGGACUGCAGCAGUUCAGUUAGACAGCCGAGCUUACACAUGAGUGCAGCUGCAGCCUCACGAGAUAUCACACUGUUCCAUGCGAUGGACACACUGCAUCGCCAUAAUUACGACCUGUCCAGCGCGCUGAGUGUACUGGUCCCAGCAGGCGGCCCCGUGCUCUGCAGGGAUGAAAUGGAGGAGUGGAGUGCCUCGGAAGCCGCCAUGUUCGAAGAGGCACUAGAGAAAUACGGGAAAGACUUCAACGACAUCCGACAAGACUUUCUGCCAUGGAAGUCUCUGACUAGUAUCAUAGAGUACUACUACAUGUGGAAGACCACAGACAGAUAUGUGCAACAGAAGAGACUGAAGGCAGCAGAGGCAGAGAGCAAACUGAAGCAGGUUUAUAUCCCCACAUAUAACAAGCCCAACCCCAACCAGAUCUCAAUGACCAAUGGCAAGAUGGCGACAGUGAAUGGAGCGGGCCCUGGGGCCUACCAUGCAGCGGGCGGAGGCAGAGCCUGCGAGAGCUGCUAUAGUGAGUUUGCCAUGCAGUCGGCCCAGUGGUACUCAUGGGGUCCUCCGAACAUGCAGUGCCGCCUGUGCGUUUCCUGCUGGAUGUACUGGAAGAAGUACGGAGGCCUGAAGAUGCCAAGCAGAGCAGAGGCCCCCGAGGAGAGGACCUCCCCCAGUCCAGCAAGCAAUGAGCCUCGCUCACGGAGUCACGGUCCUCGUCAGUCCAACCACAUGGUGCCAAUGCGAAACAGCGGCAGCCCCAAGUCCUCCAUGAAGACCAAGCAGGCUUUCCUGCUGCAGGCCACCCGCCUAACCAAGCUGGCCCGGCACAUGUGCCGUGACAUCAUCAGGCUGCGCCGUGCUGCGCGCCGGCCCUUUGUCCCCAUUAACUGUGGGGCCAUAAAGGCAGAGUACAUGUUAAGGGUGUCCGAAGGGCAGGGGACUCGCCUACCCAAAACCAGAGCGGCCCAAAGGAGCACUCUGACCAGUGUUCUGCAGUUUCUAGAGUCCCGUCCGGCAGCCCACGCCCCUCGCUCCCACCGCACCCCAGGCCUGCAGACACCUCCCCCUCGACGCCUCCUCUCUUCUCUCCCACACGGCCCCCACGGCAUGCUGGGAAAACGCAGCUACCAUCACCACAGCAGGGCUGAGCCGGACAGGCGCUCAGAGAACCCAGGUACAACAGGUGGACCCCUCCUGCAUAACGGCCGCAACAGCAGCAGUGGAAACACCCGGGGUGGAGUGAUGAUCCGCAAGAGACGCCCCAACUGGAUCGAUGCCCCUGAUGACAGCUUCUUCCUCGUCACCCGGGAGACCAGGAGGGCCAGACGGCUGCUGUCCCGCUCCCAGCUGAGGCACGCUUGCCGGCAGCCCUGCGAGCAAAUCACCCUGCGCAGGGUCUCCCAGGGCCCGCCGCAGGGUCUCGUCCUCGCCCCUCCUCACCCUCACCCCAGCCUGAGGAUGCGAGGCCCCAUCGUCAUCCACGACUGAUUGGAUCCUCCGACCUCCACACCUCUAAUGCAUAUACACUAACAAUUUCUCACCUCCUAUUCUAAAAAAAAAACCUUUGCUUUUAGUCCCUUAAAAUACCGUUAUAAUCCUUGACAACACUUAAACAAGCUAUCUAACUGUUGGUAACAGAAGGAUGUGAUGCAAUAGAAACAUACACCAGACCUGACCUGACAGCAAGUGCUGCCUGUUGUUAAUCCCCUGGGAAUGUGUUUGUAUGUGUACAUACUGUAUUUGGAUGCGUGUGUGUGUGUGUGUGUGUGUGUGUGUGUGUGUGUGUGAGAUCAUGUCAACAACACAUGAAAAGAACGAGGGGAAGUUGACGUGCGCUGUUCUUGGUUUUUAUGGAUGGACAUAACGACGGAACUUUGUGUGACCUUUUGUGUUGAUGGUGAAUUGUUGUGAAGUUUUAUCAGUUUGUAUAAAGUUA